AUGCGGUUCCGGUUCGGGGUGGUGGUGCCGCCCGCGGUGGCCGGGGCCGGGCCGGAGCUGCUGGUCGUGGGGUCGCGGCCCGAGCUGGGGCGUUGGGAGCCGCGCGGGGCCGUGCGCCUGAGGCCUGCGGGCACGGCGGCGGGCGCGGGGGCGCUGGCGCUGCAGGAGCCCGGCCUGUGGCUCGGGGAGGUGGAGCUGGCGCCCGAGGAGGCGGCGCAGGACGGGGCGGAGCCGGGCCGCGUGGACACGUUCUGGUACAAGUUCCUGAAGCGGGAACCCGGAGGAGAGCUCUCGUGGGAAGGCAAUGGACCUCACCAUGACCGUUGCUGUACCUAUAAUGAAAACAACUUGGUGGAUGGUGUUUAUUGUCUCCCAAUAGGACACUGGAUUGAGGCCACUGGGCACACCAAUGAGAUGAAGCACACCACAGACUUCUAUUUUAAUAUUGCAGGCCACCAAGCCAUGCAUUAUUCAAGAAUUCUACCAAAUAUCUGGCUGGGUAGCUGCCCUCGUCAAGUGGAACAUAUAACCAUCAAACUGAAGCAUGAAUUGGGGAUUACAGCUGUGAUGAAUUUCCAGACUGAAUGGGAUAUUAUACAGAAUUCCUCAGGCUGUAACCGCUACCCAGAACCCAUGACACCAGACACCAUGAUUAAGCUCUAUAGGGAAGAAGGCUUGGUCUACAUCUGGAUGCCGACGCCAGAUAUGAGCACUGAAGGCCGAGUACAGAUGCUGCCCCAGGCGGUCUGUCUCCUGCACGCGCUGCUCGAGAAUGGACACACCGUGUACGUUCACUGCAACGCCGGGGUCGGCCGGUCCACGGCAGCCGUGUGCGGCUGGCUCCAGUACGUGAUGGGCUGGAAUCUGAGGAAGGUGCAGUACUUCCUCAUGGCCCGAAGGCCGGCUGUGUACAUUGACGAAGAUGCACUGGCCCGGGCAGAAGAAGACUUUUUUCAAAAAUUUGGGAAGGUUCGUUCUUCCAUCUGUGGUGUGUAGGUGGCCUGUCUGAUUCCCCCCCCUCCCAUUUUCUUUAGGAACCCAGUUUCCUUAGGUGAUGUUAGUAGAAUGACUAGAAACAAAGAUUCUACCAGAACUGAAAAGAUGGGUCACUUGGUUUGGCCCGCAGUCUGUCCCCUUUUGUCUGGGGUUGACAUUCUAUCAUGCUUUGAUUGGGCUGUAUUUUCUUUGAAAUUCUUCACCGUGGAAGCUGUGACUAACUGACACAGGAGAAAAAGCCACAAACAAUUGGACUGCACAGUGUUCUAUCAUUGGACAGAAAAGUAAUGCAUGCAUCUGUUGUAUUACGGCUUAAUCACUACACUUUCUCAUGGCACUGUAAUAUGACCUGCAGAACAAAAGAUGGGGGAUCCAUUGAUGGGACUCCUUGCACCUUGAUGCGUGCACACGUGCACAGCUUUUCUGCUCAACUGAACUGAAAGGAUACAAUGAGAGCUGAUCAGUUGCCAAAGAAGGGAAUGUGGAUAGAAGCAUGGACUAAGACAGAGGAGGAGCUCUCCUGACUGAAAGUUGAUGGCUUUCUAGGCUUGGUGUUGACAUCCUGCUUCCCAGUUGUUCCAGUCAGUUCCAGGCACUACCUUCUCUACCCACAACCCUGUGUGACAACCACAGGACAGUUAUUGUCUCUCUCUUUGGUGUAAUUGAGGCUCAACAAGCGUAGACAGCUUGCCUCAGGUCUCUUGGCUGGUCUGGGACCAGCUGGUGUUUAAAGCCCAUGUUUAUGUGUCUCAGUGCUUUCAACACAACUUGUUGGUUUUCUAGCACAAUGUAGUGGAUUCUGUGUCUUUCUCUUAGAAUAAGGCCAGUUUUUCUACAGCACUUUCUACAAUGAGAAAUGGAACAGCGUUCUGAUUAGUUGCCAAGGAAUUUAGGAAAGUAGUUCUAUUUUGUGCCACCCGACUUAAAACAUGGUGGGCUGUUCCAGCACCCGAGAGGCCUGAGCCAUAGUUCACGAGAGGAGCCGUCCUACCAGAAAAGCCCGAGUAUGUAAAUGAUUGUUGCACAGCUCAGGAGCCGUCCUGUUUCAUCCCUCAGUUUAAACCAGUACAGAGCUACUGUGCCCCCAGAAUGUGAGGUUUACUACCCAGGGUCCUGUUGGAAAUACAAAGAUGAACAAGACCCUGCCUUCAUAAAGCUCACAGCCCAGAAACAGCCCAGUGUUCAACCAGCCGUCCCGCAGGAUUGAUCUAUGAUGAUAUGCCGGAGUGGGGGAAGAAGAAGUAGCUUUUGUCGGGUGCCUUGUGUGUGCCAGGUGCUUUUCAAUUUUAAUUGAACCUUCAUGGUACCCUAUGAGGGCAGUUCAUUACCUCCAAUAUAGAGCCGAGAAGACGAAGGAUCAGAUAGUUCAGUCAGCUGCCCGGCAUCCAUGGUGAAGAAAUGGGUGAAAUAGAAAGCUACGUUUGUUUAAUUCAACACCCUUGUUCUAUGACACUGCAAUGCCUGCUUAUUUUCCUGCUCCUUUUUUUUUUUCUUCUGUAAUUAUUUAUUGAUAGAUACGAGAGACUCUGAAUUAGGAAGUAUGGGGGAUAAGAAGGACACAAGGUAAGUUCCACUGGAGUUCAGAGGACGCAGGGACAUCGUUACUGUGGGGCUCAGGGGCGAAGGCUUUUGAUCUGUGAGAGAAUGCUAGACAGCUCACAUUUCUCCUGUAGGUUUACCAAGUUAAAUUUAUAAGGCAGGAUUGAAUAUUAUGAAAUCUCGCUCCCUUGCUAAAAAUAAGUAGAGAUAACUAUUAUAUCUAAGUAACCCAUUUAUGAUCAUAAUAUGUUGUGUAAAACAACCCUAAAAAUGGAAUAUUUCUAACCAAUUGUGUGUGUGUGUGUGUGUGUGUGUGUGUGUGAAUUUUUUUAAUGCCUAAGAAGCUCGGCUAUGUAAGCUCCACUAUAGAAAGACCUUUCCAGGUGGAUUUUCCUUUUUCCUCUGAUAGGAAAAAUCAGUUUAGGGCUAUUAAAGAAUGUUUUGGAAUAACCUCUCUUGUCCUCAAUAAAUGGAUGUCCAAUGUAUUUCAAAAUUACCUGGAAUUUUGCUGAAUAAAAGCAUUAAAAUGA